AUGUCUCGCGUUCCCAUUAGCCAAAGUUAUGCUUCUGGGGAUCGCUAUGAUCAGUUUUACUUCUACGAAGACCUGGCUCCCUCUCAGAAGUCCUAUAGUGAAUACUACACUGGCAGACAAGAGAUCGAGCCAGUUUUCUACGAAGAUAAGACGCCUCGCAAUCUGUCCUCUAGCCACUAUAACGCUACUAGACAAGGGCAUGAUCAGUCGAGCUUCUACCAAGACCUGAAUCCCUCUUACUCGUCCUACAGCGAAUACAGCGUUUAUGGACAAGAGGUCGAGUCUGUUGAAUUAGUCUUCCACGAAGUGACGGCACGAAAAAUGACCCUAUACUUUGACGAUGACGGCGUCGGGCUUGGUAUUAUGGUGCUAGACUAA